GGGAGGCGAGCGUAAAGCCGGAGACGCCGCCGGCCUGCCGCCACGGCCGCCGUUGAGGUCAGUCACGGUUUGGCGUUAUGAAUGCGUGCACGGCGGACGCCUUAGCACCACCUCCGCCGCCGCUGUCGUCGUCGUCGUCACCGUAUCGUCGCCGUCACCGUUGCUUCAACAGCAGCCGUUUCCGUCACCGUCGGCGGAUCACCGGUAAGCGACCGCCGUGCGGGUUGCCGUGUCGGCGUCGCUGCAGGCCGCCACGAUGGCCGCGGCCGGCGGAGGUCUGAACGUGCCGUACGCCGUCCUCGAGGGCCUGGUGGCCGUCGGCGCGACCGUCGGCAACGGGCUGGUGAUCGUGGCCUUUCAACGGGAACGGCGACUCCGCCGUCGCACCAACUAUUACAUCGUGUCGCUAGCCGUCGCCGACUUGUUGGUCGGUCUGGUGGGCAUACCGUGCGCCGUGCUGUCCAGCGUCGGCCUGCCUCGUCACCUGCACCUGUGCAUGUUCUCGGUGUCGCUGAUAAUCGUCCUGUGCACCGUGUCCAUACUCAGCCUGGUGGCCGUAUCCGCCGACCGGUACUGGGCCAUACUCUACCCGAUGGCCUACUCCACGAACUCCAACACCAAAAUCGCAAUCAGUAUUAUAUGUAUUUGCUGGAUAAUGGGUCUGCUGAUAGGCUUUUUGCCACUUAUGGGCUGGAGAGCCGCCAAAGGUCCAUCAUUAGACGCAUGCGAAUUCAGUCUCGUAAUGGAUUAUAGUUACUUGGUGUUUUUAUACUUAGCGACUAUUAUUUUACCUGCGCUAUUUAUGGCCACCUCCUAUGCUCAUAUUUAUACAGUCGUAAUAAAACAAAUCAAACAGAUGACGCUGCUGAACGGCGGCCAACGGGGCGGCGACAGCCCGACGAAACUGCGCGUGCUGGGCGCGGCCCGGAAAAGCGAGGUGAAGGCCACGCAGAACCUGUCGAUAAUCGUCGCGUUCUUCGCCGUCUGCUGGAUGCCGCUGUACACCAUCAACUGCGUGCAGGCGUUCUGCGACGAUUGUCCCGUGCCCGCGCCCCUCAUGCACGGCUGCAUCAUCCUGUCGCACCUCAACUCGGCCGGCAACCCGCUGCUGUACGCGUACCACCUGAAGGACUUCCGGAACGCGUUCCGGUCGCUGUUGCUGUGCAAGAAGAGUUCGCGGCACCGGAACGCCGGCGCGCAGUCCCGGUCCGGGUGCAUCACCGUGGUGGCCGCCGUCACCGGAACCGCCGCCGUCAACGGCACCACCAGCCAGUGUUCCGUCAGCUCGUCGCUGACGUGUUCGGGCAGUUCGUCCCGGUCGAUCGUCGUCGACUGUUGGCGCCGGUCCGCCAAGAACGCCAGGUCCACCGCCGCCGCCGCCGCCGACGUAGGAGACGCGCCGCAGCAUCCCGCCGGACAGGACCGCCGUGGGAUCGUCACGAUCGUCAUCGACCCGUCCACGCCCGUGUUGCUGUCAGUCCGUCAGCUCGUCGAGUGAACCGCUCGGCUAAUAUGUCGUGACUGUAACGGUACAACGUUUUAGGCGCACGUUAUGUAUCGUUAUCGUUGUACACAACAUUAAUACGUGGCCGAAUCUAAUGCGUAUUCAUCGCUAUAUUCUAUAUAUUAUUACGUAAAUAAAACCGCGAUGUAGAGAUCUUCGCGUGCUUUAUCUCGUGUAUACGACUUAUGGUUACCGGUUUAUCUCUGGUACUCCAAAUGUCAUCUUAGCCGUAUUUUUAUAACGAGUAAAACCUACAUAACAUUAUAUAAUAUACGCUGUACGGGUAUUAUAAGUCCUUAAACAGGAAUACGGUUUUGUUUUAAAAAACCGAUAAAAAAUUACACGAGCAAAUAUUGUGUUGAUAAACUAUAUAGUCCCGACAGAAGAGUGCUCUGCACUAUACGCGCAUAAAUAUAACUAAUAAUAUCAUAAUAUAGUCGUAUUGGUCACAGUACUUUUCGAGAGCUCAGUACAAUAAUUGUAUAGGUAUUAUUUAAUUAUAAACUAUUCAAAAAUUCACAUGAAAAAUAUUUGUGUAAUUUAUAACGUUUGAACACUCCCGGAAAUUUCACUUUUGAUACGUCGUUGUUGGACUUAACUAUACAAUUAUAUUAUGAAAACGGCUUUUUAUUUAAAUAGGUAUUACAACAAAAUACGCGUCUCCUAAUUGUACAUAAGUAUUAAAAAUCAGUUUAAAUCAUAUCAUCGCAUGUGCCUUACUUUAAUAUUAUAGUUUAAUGGGUAACACAUUAUGCAUUGAGAUACAAUUGAAUUUGCUUAGAAAUACUAUAAACAUUCAUGAUUGGAAUGAUUGUACAGAGUAUACAUAAUAUUAUUGAUUAUUGUUACUUAUAAGUAAUGAAUAAAUUAUCAUAUUACCUCCAACA